CCCAAAGUGUACUAAUUCCAUUUUUGAGGGAUCUUUCUACACUUGUACAAACUGGACACUGUUUAAUCUCUCUAUAUAAGCAAUCUUGAAGGUGAAGCUUUGCAUCACUCGGCUGACAACAAAAAGAAGAAGAAAAAUGGCAGCAUCCGCUUGUAUCACCGUAGCCACCAUUAUUGCUUCUUUAAUCUUUCUCCUUGUUCCAACCUCUUAUUCCUAUCCACUGAUGAUAAAAGCGUUGAGCGACUCUUCUGUCCCACUUGAUGAUGUUAAUCUUCUUGAAUUUUCUCUAAAUUUGGAGUUUCUAGAAGCUGAGUUCUUCUUGCAUGGGUCUUUGGGUCAUGGUCUGGAUACUUUUGCUCCAAAUUUGAGCAUGGCAGGCCCAUCACCAAUUGGUGCUAAGAGAGCUAAUCUCGAUUCUUUUACUAGGGAUGUUAUCAUGCAAUUUGGUUGGCAAGAAGUGGGACACUUGAGGGCAAUUAAGAAGAGAGUAAGAGGAUUCCCAAGACCAUUGCUGGACUUGAGGGCAGAAACCUUUGCACAAGUUAUGAACAAGGCAUUUAAGAAGACACUAUCUCCACCAUUUGACCCUUAUGCCUCUUCCCUCAACUUCCUUCUCGCCUCUUACAUGAUUCCUUAUGUUACCCUCAAUACAUACGUUGCAGCUAACCAGAAACUUGAAAGCUCUUCUUCAAAGCAGCUGGUUGCAGGGCUUUUGGCAGUGAUAUCAGGGCAAGAUGCAGUGAUAAGAGCAUUGCUGUACAAGAGAGCAAUUGAGAAGGUGGAGCCAUAUGGAAUAUCAGUUGCAGAGUUCACAGAUAGAAUUUCAGAACUGAGGAAUUCGUUAGGAAAUGGAGGAAUAAAGGACGAAGGGCUUGUAGUUCCAAACAGUCACGGAGCAGAAGGCAGAAUUAGAGGAAAUGUGUUAUCUGGAGACCAUAACUCACUUGGAUUUGCACGAUGGCCAGAAGAGAUUCUCAGAAUUGUAUACUGCGGAGGAGAUGAACAUGUUGCUGGUGGUUUUUUCCCUCAAGGCGCUAAUGGCAGAAUUGCUAGAUCCCACCUGAGCUAUAAAAACUAUGCUUAGUAUAAACAUUAUUUCAAUAAUAUUGUUUGGAAUAUGUUUUUUGUUUAACAUGUUUCCUGAGACUGCAAUAAAAAGUUAGCUCUUUCUUUUGGAUUUCUGAAA